AUGCAUCAACUCCACCUCGCUGCAAAACGCGACGAUGAGGAUCAGCCAAUUAUCAACACUUUGUUAACAACAACUGGCAUAGUGGUUACAACUACUACUCCUAUCACAACACCAUCAACGACUUCGACAACUACACCACCAACUACAGCUGCUCCAACAACAGCUGGUCCAACAAUUCCAGGAGUGACAACUGAGUCCACAGUUGCUGUCAUGUAUCCAAAAGAUUUCGAAGAUGCAUGUAAAUCAUCUGUGGCAACGAUGACAGCUGUGAUAUUUGCUGCAUUGGCUCCUAUACACACUAUGGUUAUGUAUGCUACAUUCAUCAAACUGGAGAAGAAGUUCAGUCCAUCUCGUGUGAAUGCUGGUACACGGCAUAAGCUGCGAAUGAAAAAAAUUGUACAAUCAUGA